UGUUGUGACAUCGGACGGGCUUUGACCUGUGCUUUCUUGGUUAAUUUUACUAACGUGAUAUGGCUCAAGCGUAUGACAACUAUUAUAACGACUAUCGCAAGAAUGCUGAGCUGCAGCAGAACUUAAAGUACAAAAAGAAAUACCGGAAACUCAAGAGGAUCGUGAAGAACACUGUAUUUGAAAACGCAGCAUUGUGCGACCAGGUAGCACACAUGCAAGAGAACCUGAUGCUCGUUAAAGAAGAGAGACUGUUCCUCUUGCGCAAGUUAUGUCAACAACAGGGCGAAGAGUCUAACUCUAUGAUAGCGCGUUCACAGUCGAGUGUCAACUCGCCGUCACUUAAUCCAGAAUGCGCUACGCCCAAGAAGACAGUGAAGAAAAGAACUUCCACGGAUGGUUCAGAGACAAAAAGCAAGACGAAAAGAUACAACAAAACUACCAGAAGAGUAGUACAGUUGAUUCCAUUGGAUAUGCACGGCAGGCCGAUAUUUCCCAUAGGUUUAGGAGACCUCACGAUAUAUUCUCUCGGCGAAGUGGUGUCGGAUAGAAUCGCGUAUCACACGGAAGAUCUCAUCUUCCCAGUAGGCUACUGCAGUACCAGGGUGUAUGCUAACUUGAGAGAUCCACGAACCAAGAGUUUAUAUACUUGUAAAAUAUUAGACGGUGGUCCAAAACCUAGAUUCGAGAUAGUAUCUGAUAACGACUUAGAUCAACCACUGGUGGGAUCCAGCCCGGAUGAGUGCCAUUCGAAAUUGUUGGCAGCGAUUUCCCCGACACUUCGUUCGAUAAUGCCAAAGGGCGCGGAUUUCUUUGGGAUUUCUCACCCUACCAUACAGAAUCUGAUACAAAGUUCGCCGGGAACGCGUAAAUUAGUCAUGUACAAACAGCAACGUUUCGAAGUAAGCAAAAAUCAAAUGAUCGACCGAGCUGCAAGUCCAAUAACGGAGGUGGAAACUGAUCCAGGGUUGGGUUUCGCGGCACUACAUAGGCACUAUGCGUUGAAUUCUUACAGAGCGAAAGAGGAACCGUCGGAUCACGAUCUGCUAACGCUGCAAGAUCUUCUCGCGUGAUUGUGAAUAUCAAUUCAUUGAAUGACUGGUUCAGUGUUGUAUUUUAUCGUCAAUAGUAGAUUAAAAAAUUAUAUAUAUAUAUAAUAUAUAUAAUAUUAUAUAUAUAUAUAUAUAUAUAUAUAUAACCUAUAAAAUCAAAACAUCCAUCAAAUAUUAUCUUAUGGUUUCUUAAUUUUUAAAUCGUUGAUGCAAUCAAGAUAUUUUUCAAUAUUUGUAUAAUAUUUAUUUAAGCCAUAGUGUAUAAAAUGAUCGAUUUCAUGACAAAAGUAGUAAAUAUUAGCUGCCCUAGCAGUAUUAUACAAAUUGAAAUGUCCUUAUUAUACAUUAUUAGCAGUAUUUUAUCGUCAUGUUCACGACACUUUUCGUUCGCCUUAAUUUCCCAUGAACUCAUUUCUCGGACGAAUCAUCCUAUGAACGAUAUUAUGAAUGAUAUGUAUGGCACAAUGCACAUUCAAUAAUCAGUAUCAGACUCGACUGAUUA